AUGUUGUUAACCGUUGAGAAUCCAGAACCAGUUCUAGAAACUUUUCAAAACCAUCUCGCUGCAGGAACAUUGGAGGUUCUGUCACCGGUUUUCUCAGAUAAGAAAAACUCAAUCACCAACAACAGCAUAAUUGAAACUAAUGUGUAUGUAAGUCAAGGCUCAAAAUCUGUUUAUAUACUCAGCAGACUAUUCUCAACUGAAUCCAGCAUUUUGUAG